AUGAGUGUCCACAACAAUGCGAUGAGGUGGGAGAAGGUGCAGCAUAGAGGUGGGAGUGGUGGGCCCGGGGUGAGGUGGGGCCACACAUGCAACGCCAUUAGAGGAGGCAAGCUUCUUUAUGUGUUCGGAGGAUAUGGGAAAGAUCAGUGCCAGACUAAUAAUAUUCAUGUUUUUGAUACUGUCAAUAUGCUUUGGAGCGAGCCUGUAAUGAAGGGCAUACCACCUGUGCCAAGGGAUAGUCAUAGCUGUACAACGGUUGGAGAUAAUCUGUUUGUAUUUGGUGGUACCGAUGGGAGAAGGCCGCUUAAUGAUUUGCACAUAUUGGAUACCUCCACCAAUACGUGGAUCCUACCAAGCGUUAGAGGUGAUGGGCCAGAACCGAGAGAAGGGCACAGUGCAGCUCUUAUUGGUAAAAGGCUCUUCAUUUUUGGUGGAUGUGGCAAAUCAGUGAACAGUGAGAUCUACUAUGAUGAUCUUUACAUAUUAAAUACUGAGACCUUCUCAUGGAAAUGUGUAGUUCCAUCAGGCACUCCUCCAAGUAAGAGGGUCAGUCAUACCUGCUCUUCUUGGAAGAACAAAAUCAUUGUUAUAGGUGGUGAAGACUCGAAUAAUUAUUAUCUAUCGGAUGUCCACAUACUUGAUGCUGAUACGCUUGUUUGGUGCACACUGAACACGUCUGGCCAGCUAUUGCCACCUCGAGGGGGUCACACGACCGUUGGCUUUGGCAAGAACUUGUUUGUGUUUGGGGGUUUUUCAGAUGAGCAAAACUUGUAUGAUGAUGUAUAUAUGCUAGACAUUGAAAGUGGGGCAUGGAUGAAAGUAUUAGCUGUAGGAGAGGGCCCAUCUGGUAGAUUUUCUAUGGCUGGUGAGAGUUUGGAUCCGCAGAUGGGAGGUGUUCUUGUUUUUAUUGGUGGCUGCAACAAAAAUCUAGAAGCGCUAGAUGACAUAUAUCUCUUGCACACAGGGCUUUUUAAAGAACUUGAGCGAGAUGAACGGCGUAUUGAGAAGCUAUCUCUGAGGAAACAGCUGAAGUUAAAAUGCCAAGAGCAGAGCACUUUUAGUCCUCCGUAUGAGAAGUCUUCUUUCGGAUCUGAGCUUGAUCAUGAUAAUACAGUUUAUCAACCCAUGCCAAUAUCAACUUAUGUUCCAUCAGUCACAGGAAGGCAAAAUUUCUAUUUAAAUGAAUAUCAGACUCCAAUGGGUAAGAGGACCUUCCAAGCUAAAGUCACUAAAAGCUUUACGGGCGGAUAUACCAUUGAAACCAUCAUUGAUGGAAGGCCUCUUCGUGGCGUUCUGUUUUCCAACAAACCGAGCUUUGGUGGCAUUGGUAUUGAUGUUUCCAAUAGGAAGGUUGAAAUUGAGAAAUCUAUGAAGAAUCACUUGGAUGAUGUGAAGCAAACAGAUAAUGCUCCAAAAGAAAAUGAAGUAGUCGAAGCCCAGUUGGAGGUUGCUGCCUCGGAAAUGAAAAAUCUCGCUGUCUCUGGAAAUUCAGUGCCCGUGGAGGUUUCAUCAAUCUCAAAACCAGAUAUGGCUCCUGAUGUUAAUGCCGGAAAUAAUGCUGUUGCUAAUCCAUCUUCCUCUGAUGCUGACAUUCAUACGCAAAGUGUUUCUACAGUUAUGGAUCAAAACGCACCCUUUCAUUGA